GAUGGGGACGGGGCAGACCACGUAAGAAAGAUGUGAUUAAAGAAAUGGAAAUGAUUGACCUAGAAAUUCAAGUAACAGAAGAGCAAAAUAAAGCAAUUGAAGAACAAAAUCAGCUGACAGAAGAGCGGGAUGAGGUGUUUGAUAAUCAACCAAAAGAUGAAGUGAUUGUAGAACAAAAUCAAGUGGAAGAAAAACAAGAAGUGAACAAAGAGCAAAAUCAAGCAAAAUUACAGAAGGAAGCAAUGGAAAGUGAACCACAAGAACAUAAAAAUGGAGGUGGUGAUGAAUGGAAUCAACUGCAAAAGCAAGAAACUUGCAUCGGAGAAGAACAAAAACAGCCAAAAGAACAGAAUGAUUCAACCGAAGGUCAAACUAUGUCUGCAGAACAACAAAUUGAAGUGAUUGAGAAACAAAAUCAGUCAUUGGAACAACAAAAUAGAGUUAGUGCAGGACAAGAAAUUAAAGUGGCUGAAGAACAAAAACAACAGGUAGAGAAACAAAAUGAAGUGAUUGAAGAACAACAUCAAGUAGAUGGACAUUACAGUGAGCUGAAGGGAGAGACAUUGCUAUUCUAUAGUAAGCCACAGCAUGGGCAAUUACUGAUUCAGCUUCAACUUCCCGGAAGCGAACCAGCUACAGAAAUAACUAUUGCUGAAUCAUUGCCUUUGGAACAUGGGUAUGAGGACCAGCAGGAACCAGGUUGCAGUGACAUAGGGAGGCCUGCUGAGACACCACUCGAUAUAGCUUUUGAAACUAUUGGAGAAUCAUCAAUGGCUGACCAACAACAUAAAAAUGAGUGGAAGCAACCACAGCGUCGAGGUCGAGGAAGGCCUCCAAUGUGCAAAUCAUCUGCUGGUAGAAAUGUGGAAAAUUCACAAAAGCAGCUGCAACAAAAGCGUCGAGGUCGGGGAAGGCCACGGAAACUGGACUCGGGAAUUCAAGGACAGUAACCAUAUGGUGUGUUAUCCGCAAGUGCCAUUGUCCGGUUUGAAGGACUUGAAUUUCUGACCUCGAGGCUGGCCUAGAGCAGGUCCUUUUGCUCUCCUGAUGGGAAAUUUUGCUUGUGUGCUGGUUGAUGAGGGUAUUGGGCUGAAACCCAGCUUCUUCUUUUCCGAGUCCUCCAGUGUCCUCUCCCUUCUGUUGUGCCCUAUUUCUGUUGUAAACUUGUAUCAGUUAAUAUGGAUAUUAUUGUAUUUCUGUUGUACCAGUUAGCUUAAUAUGCAGAGUGUAAUAUAUUUUUAUAAAAAGACAACAUAAUUCUCUA